AUGGGUUGCAAACACAAGUAUCUCGAAGAGAGCGCAAAGCAGAAUCUCUUCGAGGGCAGGGCUACUCGGAAGAAUAAGAUAUUGACUGUAAACCAUCACCAGACAUCAUACUUGGCAGAAUUUCUAGUCAAAAACGCACCUCAUCAACUUUCUGGACUGACAAAGGUACAACUUGAGGCUCGAUCUUUGAGCGGAAAAGGAAAAUGUGAUGUCUCUGUCUUCGCUGAAAAACUCAGUGAACAUGAUGCAGAAUCCGAGUCUUGUUUGGAUCUUGUCAGAGAAUUUACAACCGAUUAUGUCACUAUCUAUGAUAGAUUAUUCUUGUUCGGAAGCUUCCUUGCUGCUGGACGAAUGAGCUAUAACGUGAAACGGCGGCCAGAAAGCACUAAAGAGAUGAUGACUAUGACCACUUUCAAGCAACCCGACUCAGAUGGUCAAAUAACACACACUAUUAUCCACUUGCUCGUUAAAGCAGACCCUGACGACAACACAAAGGAGCAAGUCAUGGGAUGGUUAGACGCAGCAUAUGCAAUCGAGAUUGCCUCUUUGAAACUUCUAUACAAUGACGUCAAUUUGAGUCGACGUGCUAUGUUAUGCUGGGAUAUAACAUGUGGCAAAAUCCCUUUGCCUAAAGGAAGCUUGUUAAGAAAGUGGGAUAUGAUAGGACCCAGUCGUCAAAAACAGGUCCCAGUGCCUCCUCUGAGAUCAGCGGAAAAGAUAGAUAAUGUUGCGGAGAAAAGUUCUGAGCCACCUACUGUGGAAAAACAGCUACCUCAUCAUCCAAAUAAGAAACUGGGUGGUGACAACGAUAAACGUGAAGGUACUGGCAUAAGGGGCAAGAGCGAGAGACGUGAGAAGCGUAUACCUCUUGAGAGUGAUGAGCGUAAAAAGGAGCAUGAGAAGUCCGAACUUUCUAGUAAGAAUGUUGAACGUGGGAAGGGGCGUGAGCAACGUGAACCUCCUAGGAGUGGUGGACGUGAGGAACGUGAUUCUUCUCGCAAAGAUGAUAGAAGCGAGAGACUUGAUCUUCGCAAGAACGGUGAGAAUGAAAGUAGAUCUUCCUCGCUCGAAACCCAACCAGCAAAUCGAGGAUUCAAAAAACACAUCUAG